AUGACCAACACACACGAACCCCCUACGGCCAAUGGCACCACCCAGAUCCCGAAGAAACAAAUCCUCCUCAACGCCUUCGACAUGUUCACCCCCGGCCAUCUUUCACCAGGGCAAUGGAAGGACCCGUCUGACCGCUCCACCACCAAGUUCGAGUCGCUUGACUAUUGGAUCAACCUGGCCAAACUCUUGGAAAAGGGAGGCAUCAACGCGCUUUUCUUGGCGGAUACGUAUGGCGGGUAUGAUACGUACGAGGGCAGCUUGGAUGAGUGCGUGAGGAGGGGGGCACAGUGGCCGGUGGGGGAUCCCAUUAUUCCCAUUUCCGCAAUGGCGGCCGUUACGAAAAAUCUCGCCUUUGGUAUCACGGCUUCCACUUCCUUCGAGCCUCCCUUCUUGCUGGCGAAGCGGUUCUCGACGCUUGAUCAUUUGACCAAAGGCCGAAUUGGUUGGAACAUCGUGACGAGUUGGAAGAAGAGCGCAUUCAAGGCUAUCGGGCUCGACAACCCCAUCGAACAUGAUCAGCGGUACGAGCAGGCUGACGAGUACUUGAGGGUGUUGUACAAACUCUGGAACGCCUCCUGGACCCCCUCCGCCAUCCAACUCUCCCCAUCCUCUGACAUCUACAGUGACCCCUCGCAAAUCCGGCAAAUCAACCAUUCCGGGAAAUACUUCCAACUGUCCACCCCGCACAUCGUCCCGCCCUCCCCGCAACGCACCCCGUUCCUCUUCCAAGCUGGCACCUCCUCAGCGGGCUCCGAGUUCGCGACAACUCACGCAGAGGCAGUCUUUGUAUCUUCCCAUUCUCCCUCGGUUUUGGCACCCAAAGUCCAAAAGCUGAGAGAGUUGGCGCGACAAAAAGGUCGCGAUCCUGCUAGUUUGAAGGUGUUCGCGACCUUUACUCCCAUUGUUGGCCGCACGGAAGAGGAGGCACUAGCCAAGUAUGAAGAAGCGCGCAAAAACGCCAGCGUCAUUGGUGGAUUGGUCCUCUUUGCUGGAUGGACGGGGAUUGAUAUUAAUCUGUCGAUUCUGGAUAACUUCACCACUCCUUCGGAAGAGGUGCCUAAAUGGACGCCGCGCGUAGUAGCGGAACGAGCAGCAAUUGGUGGUCUGGGGCCUGUGGCGGUGGGGACGGCGGAGCAGGUGGCAGAUGAGAUGGAAAGAUGGGUGAGGGAGGCAGAUGUUGAUGGGUUUAAUGUCGCGUAUGUGACGACGCCUGGGACGUUUGAAGAGGUGGUGGAGUUAUUGGUGCCGGAGUUGAGGAGACGGGGCCUAUAUCCGGAGCAAGCACAUGAAGGAGCGGAGGCAUGGACGGCGAGAGAAAAGGUGUAUGGAAGGGGGCAGAAGCAGUUGAGAGCGGAUCAUGUGGGGAGAAAGUAUGAUUGGGAUGUGUAUGUGGAGGAGGAGCCUUAUAAGGCUGAAAAGGAGGCGGAGGAAAAUGCAGAGGCGUGA